AUGGCUAAGCUGCAGGAAGAAUACAUGAGAAAGCGAAAUGAACUGCUGCGGCAGCAUGAUGUAGAGUGUCGAGCUGUAAAGGAGCGGAAGGCUAGCACUGCCAUGCACCGAGCGGAUGUAGAAGAACAGAAGCGCGCUGAUAAUGAACGCGAAGCCAAACUGAUUGACGAAGCUCAGAAGCUGAGAAAGGUCAACCAAGAAGUGAACCUGACUGCAGAACAUGUACAGCAUCAAGUCAAGGAAGCUGUAAAACAUGGUUUCCAGAGGGGCGUUUCUAAAGCAAGGGUGGAGCUUGUACCCCCAUUAGCAGCGGCACGAGCUGAAGCGCGCAAUGCAACCCCUAGAGCGGGCGAAAUAAAACGCAAAUAUUGCCAUCAGCAGCGCCUCGAGGAACAGCGGCUAGAGUGGGGACAGCAGAGAGGACUAUGCUGCGACAUAGAUACCGUUAUUUAA